AUUGUAUGUAAACAAACUUACCAGGGCGUUGCAAUCGUACAACAAAAUAGUCGCUAUACAUUUCAUUUGCAUUUACAAAAGUAUUUCAAACAUAUUCAUAUACAAACAGUGCCUCAAGACGAUCGAAAAUUCGUUCCAUCUCUUGGCAAGAUGUUACCAAACAUCUUUUGUCGUGUUUGUGCCACUACUGACACUGCGCUCGAUUUGUUGGACAUUUUUGAGAAAGAAGAUGCAUCAGAGUGCGUUGCGGAUAUGCUGCUAGAAGUGGCAGAAGUCAAGGUGACGGUUGAUGAUGGGUUCCCCCAAAGCUGCUGCAAACAAUGUCACACCGAUCUCGUUCGAGCUGUGACCGUGAGACGGAAAUGUAUUGAAUCAGAGAAAUUGUUCCAUGCUACGGUUGAAUCUUGCUAUAAUGUAAUUGACGAGCCGUACGAUGAUCAAUCGGAUAGCUUGUCCAUCGCAUCGCCAAAGCACGAGCAUAUUACUCUCGAAGAGAAUUUCACGUACCGCUGCUGCGAAUGCUCUAUAGAUUUCGGCGAUUCCGAAGCCCUUAAAAUACACUACGAAUCAAAGCAUGCCAAAGUAAUUCACGGUUGGGAGAGCUUUGGACUCAGUGAAAUCUCUCUGUUCGACACCACUGACGAAGAAGUAGAGGAAGAUGCAGGCGCUUAUCCACAGGCGCCCGAGCCGUUACAGACAAACAAGUUGCUGGAGCUGUACCGAUGCUGCGGAUGCAUGCUGAUAUUCGAUACUGACGCAGACCUUCAACAGCAUUCGGAAACCGUACAUGCCUCCAACGCUUUGCAAGUGGACGGUGACAACGCGUGGCAAUGCAAUGUAUGCUAUAAAUUGUUUACAUGUGCAGCUGCCCUAGAAAAUCAUCAAAAUACUGUAUAUUUUCUGCGAUACCAAUGUUACACAUGUGGGCUGCUUUUCGGAACGCAAGCUCAUUUGUCGCGGCACGAAUUUAAGCAUAUGCGUGGCAAGUUCACCUGCGAACCUUGUGAGAAGAUUUUCUCCAACCCCCAAUCGAUGAGGAGACACAUGCAACGGUUUCAUGACAAACCGUGCACAUUGCGAACGCAGGAAAAGCACAUUUGCAGCGAGUGCGGCAAAGCUGUGCAUUCCGCUGCGUAUCUUGUAUCCCACAUGAGGCUACACUCGAAGGAGCUACCGUUUACCUGCACCUUAUGUGGAGCCCGGUUCAAGCUGGUCCGCUACUUGAAAUGGCACAUGGCAAUGCACAAGGGACUGUACAAGUGCAAGCAAUGCGAUUCGUCGUACAAGAGUCCAUCCGAACUGCAGGAGCAUAUGAAUCGUCAUACCGGUACAAGGGCAUUUUGCUGCUUUUUGUGUGGAAAUGGAUUUCACAACAAAAAGAAUCUUAACAAACACUUGCGUAUGGUCCAUUCUCAUUACGUAAGUAAAAAGAAAGUGACGGUCGAUGAUGGAUUUCCCCAACAGUGCUGUAUGCAAUGCCAUGCAGAUCUCGUUCAAGCUGUAUCAGUGAGACGUAAAUGCAUUGAGACGGAGCAGCUUUUUCGAAUCAAGAUUGAACCAAAUGCUUGUCACGCGGAUGAUGCAUAUGAUGACACUCAGGCCGAUAAUGCUUCAAUUGCCCCUUCUGAUGAUGGGGAUGAUUCUAGCGAUAAAAAUCCAUUCUAUCAUUGCUGUGAGUGUGCGACGGACUUCUCCGAUUCCGAUACACUGCGGGAACAUUACGAGUCAAAGCAUGCCAAUACGAUCUAUGGUUGGCAGAGCUUUGGUAUCAGUGAAAUCUCCCUAUUCGAUAGCACUGACGAUGAACAUGAGGCCAAAGGUGAAAUCUUGUAUCGUCCCUUGAACGUUCCACCACAAAACAAUCCGCCAUAUAAAUGCUGUGGGUGUAAAGCUGUGUUCGUAACCGUGGAUCAGUUGCAUCAACAUUCGACAGUACAUGCGCGUAAUGCAGAAGAAUUCGACGAAGAUAAACCACAUCAAUGCGACAUAAGUUUAUUUAAACAGCUCUCAUCCCAUUUCACCAUGUAUCUAAACUAUCUAUGCCGCGUUUGUGCGUGCACCGAAACUACAAGUGUGUUGGUGAACAUCUUUGAGAAACAUGGAGCACAGGACAGCGUUGCCGAUAUUCUUUUCGAACUAGCGGAUAUUAAGGUGACGGUCGACGAUGGAUUUCCCCAACAGUGCUGUUUGCGAUGCCAUACAGAGGUCGUUCAGGCUGUAUCAUUGCGUCGUAAAUGCUUGGAAUCAGAGAAACUUUUUCGAAUCAAGAAUGAACCUGAUUCUUGCCCUUUCAGUUUUACCGAUGAUCCAUUCGAUAAUCAAUCCGAUAACUUGUCCAUUGAUUCUUCAAAUCUCGUUUCGGAAAAGCAUCCGAUGUACCAUUGCAGAGAGUGUUCCUUAGAUUUCUUUGAUUCAGAUGCACUGCAGAAACACUACGAAGCAAUGCAUGCUAAUGUGACCUAUAGUUCAACAGGAUCAAUGCUGUCAGGUAGCCAAUACGAAAACUUGUCCAAUUCGAAUAACCAAAUCUACCAAUGCCGUGAGUGUUCGUUGGAGUUACUGGAUGCAGAUGCACUGCAGGAACACUACGACUCAAAGCAUGCUAAUGUGAUCUAUGGAUGGGAGACGAUUGGCUUAAGUGAAAUCUCUCCAUUCGAUAGCACUGACGAUGAACCAGAGCCGAAAGACGACAUCUUAAAUUGUCCAUCGGAUGUGCAAAACAAAGCCAAUCAAAACAAUCCUACACUUGAAUGUUGCGCCUGUAAAGCACGAUUCAGAACUGAGACUGAUCUGUUUUACCAUGCUAAACAGGUACACGCCCCUAAUGCCAUCGAAAUCAACGAACCAACCCCAAAUCGGUGCAACGUAUGUUAUCAAACAUUUACCACCGCAUGUUUGUUAAAGGAGCAUCAAAAGGCUAGAAGCAUCUUAAACUAUAUGUGCGUAACUUGUGGCAUGAUGUUCACCAGACAACACAAAUGUCUUGCGCAUGAAAGUACGCAUAUAGACCAUAAACUUAAGUGCGAUGUUUGCGGGAAGCUAUUCGCCAAUAUGAAGUACUAUGAGAUACACAAGAAUAAGAUGCACGGCGAUCAGGCCGCACGAAAGCGAUACAUAUGUAGUAUAUGUGGUGCAAAGGUGGUUUCGACUUCAUACCUUAAAGUUCACAUGAAGCUACACUCUGAAGAUCAUCCAUAUUCCUGUGACUUGUGUGGGGCCCGGUUCAAAAUAGUGGCCUAUCUGAACUGGCACAUGACUAGACAUAAAGGUAUCUACACGUGCCAGCAGUGCGGCCUAACUUGCAAAGGGCCCUCUGAGCUGAACGAACAUAUGAACAGCCAUGGUGAAGCCAGGAAGUACAGUUGCAGUAUAUGCCCAUCAGCGUUUCGGUUGAAACAAGCCCUUGAGAAACAUUUGAGAAAUGUGCAUAAACGAAAGCGAAAGUAGUUUUCUUUCUGUCUGUUGGGAAGAAGAAUAUAAAGGCAAAUUUUACUAGCUACACACUGUAUAUGCAGCACACCUACUCCAUACAGUACUAACAAUUGGCAAGUAAUUGAAUAAACUACAAUACAGUUAGCAAAAAUCAA